AUGGCCGAGUUUAUUGGCCUCCAGAUGCUGGUUACCCUCAGGGGAAACCCGCAGCCGGUCAGGAUCCGGGGGACGGUCAGCGGUGUGGAGGCUGGGAAUAGUUUGACGUUGAGUAAUGUGUGGUUCCUCCAGACAAACGAGUGGAAACCCCAGCUCAGCAUCUCGGCGAGCGAAAUCCUCGAUUUGAGUCACGAUCCGAGUCAAUACGCCCCUCGUCAGCCGGUGGUGCCCGUGCCUGUUUUCAAGCAAGAACCGCCGGUUAAAAUCAAACAGGGACAUGAACCUGCCGUGUUUAUCGACCCUGCGAUUGUUGCUGUGGGGAAGAGGCCUCCGGUUUCGAGUACUGGGCCGGGGAAGGUGGUUGUUCCUGUUGUUGUGGACAGAGAUGCGACGCCUACACGGACGGUGAAGCAGUUUCAUGCUCAGGCUCAGGGACUGGAGUCGGAUGAGGAUGGGGCUGUUGGGGGGGAUGCGGUUUUGGACUAUGGGCAGGUUGCUGGUGGGGGGAGGGGGAAGAAGACGCGACCGCCGAGGAAGCAGAGGGUGAACAAGUUGAGUCAGGAGGCUACUGGGGAGGUUGAGUCGUCGCCUCAGCCGGCGGUGAAGACGGCGGGAAAGGGGAAGGGGUGGAGGCAGACGCCUAUGCUGCAGAGCACGCCGAGCUUUCAGCCUUUUAACUCGUUGAAGAAGGUUACCAAGGGUGGGAGGGCAACGGCGGAUAAUAAUGGGUGGGCUUCGGAGGAUGUGACGGAUGUGCAGGAGAUGGGGGAUUUCGACUUUGAGACCGGGUUGGCCAAGUUUGAUAAGCAGAACCUGUUUGAGCAGAUGAGGAAGGAGGAUGUGGUGGAUGAGGCGGAUAGGUUGGUGUCGCAUAACCGGAUUCCGAAACCGAAGCCGGGCACGGCGGGGGGCAAGAAUUUGCAUUAUUCGGAGAAUGUGCUGGAUCACCACCAGAAGACGUUUACGCCGACGAUACUCAAGCCGAGUAGGGAGAAACUCAUACCCAAGGAGCCGAGCAAUGAUUUCUGGAACAGCGAGGCGGAUGAUGGGGCUAUGAAUGGGAGUGAGAAGUUGAGCGAUAGGGCUACGGUUAUGGGGAGCAGGCAAGGGUCACGGAGGGGAGAGGGGAAGAUGGCGUCGAGCAGGAGGAGUCAGUCGCGGAAGGCGAGCGCUGUGCCGGGACAGCCUGGAGGCGGCCCUAGCAGGGUCAAUUCUGGUGUAAGCCAUUAUCAUCACCGCACGUCGUCUCUUAAGGGGAGCAGGCCGAGCAGCCGUCUUUCGUCACGGACUGCGGUCGGGGGAGGCAGUGGGAUGUCUGUCAUUGCUGACAAGAGAAAGCAACAGCUCUCGGCUACGGCUGCUACUAAUGCACAUCACGCCCCGCAUCAGGGGUUGUAUGUCCUGCCGUCUAACCGACGAAUCGAGACGAUCUCGGCGCUGCAGAUGUUGAAUCUGGAGAACAUUGCUCAUAAUGAGAUUGGGCUGACGGAGGAGAUGAUGACGGAGAAUGCCGGGAGGGGGUUGGCGGAGGUGGUUGUUGGGACGGUGCUGGCUGAUCCGGCGAUCAAGGUUAGGCAGGGGAGCAUCGUUGAUGCUGCCACUGGGGUCUUGCCCCCUCCUACUGUGGUGGUGUUGGCUGGAAACAACAAGAGCGGCAGCCGAGCUGUUGCCGCGGCGAGACACCUCAGAAACAAGGGAAUCAAUGUUUUGGUCUGCGUGGUUGGGUUGGAGAGAGGGGAGAGGGACCUGCUGGAGGAGGUGAGGCAGCAGGUCAGGCUGUACAAGAACUUGGGGGGGAGGGUGUUUGCCAAGGGAGAUUUCUUUGAGCGCGUCCCGAGCAUUAACAUACCCAUGCUGACGAUUGACACACCUAGGACGAGCCUGGGUAGUCUGGCCUCCCCAUCGCCGGUGAUGCUGACUGUGGAUCCGCUGUUGGGGCUGGCGAUCAUCUUUGAAGAACUGACGAAUGCGGACCAAGCUACGGUGUAUGACUUGGCGGAGUGUGCUAAGCCGACCGAUGCUUUUGUGCUAGCUCUGGAUGUGCCUACUGUUGCUCAUCCCACCUCGCGCAUGAUGCGCCCUGCCCACGCGAGCACGAUGGACAACGGGCUUAUACAGGUGGCUGUCAAUGUCUACCCCGACCAUCCCCGUUGUAGGAUCCUGGCGCACGCGGUUUAA